AUGCAAACAAGCAGCCAUAAGGGUCCCGAAGACAAGGUACCCAUGCCUAGCGCUUUUCAAGAACCUAUGACAGCACCUAGGCAUAUGCAAGAUGGCUCAACUGCGGUAGCCGAGCAGAUGGAAACAAUUAAUUUGAGUGAUGACCCCUAUGUCCAAAGACCCAUCUCCAUAUGCGUUCACUUGACAAGCGAAGAAAGGGGAGCUUUGAUAUCUCUGUUAAAGGAAUUCCGAGAUGUGUUCGCUUGGAGCUACGAGGAAAUGCUUGGCCUAAAUCCAAACUUACUUGGUACAAAACCUGUUGUGCAACCAAGAAGGAAUUUUCAUCCUGAAAUCGAAAUGCAAAUCAAAGUGGAAAUUGAAAAGCUAUUAGCUGCUGGAUUCAUCAAGCCAAUCAAGCACCCAACCUGGCUAGCAAAUAUUGUUCCCGUGAAAAAGAAGACCGUAGUGAUUAGAGUAUGUACAGACUAUCAAGAUCUCAACCGAGCUUGCCCAAAGGAUGAGUUCCCACUGCCCAAUAUGGAUAUCUUGAUCGACUCAACCUCGAGGCCAGGCUUCCUGUCAUUCAUGGAUGGAUUUAGUGGCUAUAACCAGAUAAAGAUGUCACCUAAAGAUGCAGAGAAGACAGCCCUUUCGAACACCAUACGGGAAUUUCUAUUACACAGUCAUGCCAUUCGGUCUUAA